AUGACCUCGACUGCAAAACCUCGCCAUAUACCGCCCUCCUCUAAAACUCUUUCCCCACCGUCCCUCCGUCCCCUGCCGCGAAGCCUUCGUCAGAACCGCUCGUUUGUACAGCUCGCGCGUCUUAUCGGCCUCACCGGGUCCGAUAACCGUGACGGCAGUGAUGAUAGCGGGAGCGACGCAGGCGAAGAUAGCCCAUCUACACCGGGACCAAGCAAACACGAAGACGACGAAGACGAUGAGGCAAACAGCGAUGUCGACGAGGAGUCACUAAUGUGGGAUGCCCAGACGGCUCUCAUCUCCCACCAACCUGCGCUCGCGGCAAAGUACUACGCAACCGCCGCGCUCCCUCCUCACUGCUCAUCGCCCGCAUGCCUCGCCCUUGGAAACCUCUUGGCUCGUGGUUCGGGGUUGCAGCAACCAGAGUCCCAGGAUGACAACGGCACCGAACCUUCCAGUCGCAAGUCGUCCCUCGUGCCCGAGUCGGGACCCAUGUCCCCGCAGUCCCCCCCGCAGAACUCGUGGUUUGCAUCAUUCUUCUCGUCGGCAAGCCCAAUAGUCCAGUCCCCCACUGUCGAGGAGAAGCCGCCCCCGCGCUUGACUAGCAACGGAUGGCACAUGCCCACCGACGGCAAGCGAGCUGUCCGCGACGUCGACGGCAUGGGCAAGGCCGGAGGCUGGCUGAUCCUCGGUAUCGGGUGGAUCUUGCAGCACGAGGGGUCUCGCGCCCUCACCACGCCAAGGCACCAGACCAAAGUGCCAGUACCCGCUCGUGACGACGACUACAACGACGAUGACGACGAUGCAAUCGUCUUUGACUCGAAGAACAAGGGCAAGGCCCGCGCUCGCUCACCGAUGCCGGUUGAGCCUACCCAGCGUAUUCCUCCGUCAAAUACGUCGUCUGCAACCGAUGACUCGUUCGAGAUCCAUACCCCAGAGGAAGAUGACCAGGAGCUGAGCCCCGAUAAGAAGAUCAAGCUUCUCUAUGACCUGCUCUCUCCCCUUGUCAACCUUUACCGCCACGGUCACAUCCAGCAGCAUGACCCCGUGGCACUGCCGCCUGUCAAGGCAUCCGAGUUGCCAAGCGCGCUCAAGCCACAGGGUGACAAGGAGAAGGGCCGCAACGUUUGGGCUCUGGGAUCCAUUGUCGCCACAAAGGUUCUCGAGUUGCCCCUCCUGGCGACGCCCAACCUCAACAAGGACGCUUUCAUGAAGCGCAAUGGCGUGAUCAUCAUGGCACGCUACAUUCGUGGCAUCACUUCGUCGCCGGAGAUUGCCGAGGCCGAGUUCAAGGCCAUCCUGAGGGUUGGACCUUGCGGUAUUGAGCUCCUCGACGAGCUCAUCCGUCAGGCCUUCCGCCGCCUGAACAUUGUUCUCAAGAUGACGGGUGGCACUCCACUGGAUCCGUCCGAGAUGGAGUCGUCUUGCUACUUGCUCUCCCACCGGAACCGGCCGCUUAAUCGCAAAAUGUCCAACCAGUCGCUCUUCUCUCUGGCGGACAGCACCAUGUCUUCAAGUCUCCGCCUCAUGACGCCCGUCAAGUCGACCGCCUCCUUGGCAUCGCUUUCGUGCGACCAUUCGCAGAUUGACGCCUUUAGCAUGUCGCGCGAAGCGACUCCUCGCCAGGUGGUGGCUCCCCAGACCCUCCGCGCGGUCCGUUCGCUCCGCAGUGUUCAACACCACCAGGACAAACUUCAACGUGCCCAGGCUCCUCGCAGCAUGUCGUCCAACGGUCCGUGGUGGCCCUCGCUUCACGGUUGGACAAUGACCCCGGUCACGAGCACCGUGUCGCCAGUCGCCCGGUCGCGUACGCCAGCUCCGGCCGGAUCUCUCUCAACCGAGGCAAAGCAUGAGGCUAAACCUCUCCGCUCAGUGGUCUCGUCGCCGCACCUGAACGCAAACAACAUGCCUCCUCCCCCGCCGUGCCGCGCGCUUCCGUUCGAGCCCACCGAACAGAUUGCGAGAAUCGACCCUGAGCUGGCCGCCCUCGAGCUCGCGUCCGCGCUUACCAAGCAUGUCGACUGCAGUGUGUGUGGUGCCAGCGGCGUCAACUUUCCCAACUGCCGCAAGUGCGGCCUCACGUUCUGCUCUCGCAAGUGCCGCGUCGACGAGACCGGUGCGGGCAACGGCAAGCGCCACAUCUGCGGCGCGCUCGAGUCGCGCAAGCUCCUUCCCAUUCCCGAGGUCCGCCCCAUUGCACCUCGCGGCGUCCUUUCCACCGGCACGCCCGUGGCCCCUGUUCCCAAGGUUUGCUAA